AUGGCCAAAGCGCAGGCCAAAUUGGAGUUGGCCGAACGGCAAAGAGAUGCCGCAACAAAAACUGCACGGGCCACAGCAUUGUGGAAGAUGGCCGACAACACCUCCCUCCAAUUCAACCUCAAAGAGUUGGGAGAAAAGAGCCCAGAUACAUGGGUCAAAACCUACAUGAAUGAGCAGCACUCUCUUCGAAACGAGCAGCCUAAGGAGACCUUUAUUAGAUCAAAUCAAGAUCUAUCCCUGCACCAACUCUCAGCAUCCGCGAACACUGCCCCACAGUUCAUCAUGAACACCACCUUUAUGUUGCCAGAGGACACACCUAUAGGCACCUUGGUUUUUCGGUUGGUGGCAAAGGAUGAUGAAAAUGAUCCAUUAUACUAUAGCAUUGAGGGUGAAAAUGCUUACUACUUCUCACUUGAUAGAAGAACAGGCAACGUGACACUGAAGCAACCUGUGGAUUAUGAGCAAACAAGAUUUAUUCUGCUCAAUGCAAAAGUCACGGAUGGUGAAAAUGUACCGACCUCUAUAAAAAUAACUAUCAUUGUAAAUGAUGGGAAUGACAAUAAACCAAUAUUCCAGAAGGAACCUUAUCUGACAGAUGUCCUUGAGAACACACCAAUUGGUACCCCAAUCUAUCAUGUGAAAGCUGUGGAUUUUGACAGUGAAAAUGCUGGAUGGGUAUCCUAUAAAAUCAUAGAGGUCAUUCCAAACAAUGCAGAGAAUAAUCAGCUUUUUUACAUUCUGCAAAAUGGCACCGUGGUGUUGAAUGGCUCACUCAGUUACAACAAUAAGAGCACUUUCUAUCGAAUCAAGAUCUUUGCUACGGACAAUGGAGGAAUGUGGAACGGUUCUUUUAUCAAGCAGAACAAUACGGCGUAUAUAUCUGUGACAGUUAUUGAUGUUCCAGAUCUGGAUCCAGGGUUUUUGGGAGAGCCAUAUGUGGCCUCAGUCUCAGAGAACUGCCCUCUGGGCACUCCUGUAAUGACAGUCCUGGCCAUUGACAAGGACAAAGAUGUGAAUGAUGUAAUCCUUUACAGUGUCGUCAAUGCCAGCGGCCUCUUUACAGUGAACCAGUCCACAGGAGUCAUCACUGUGAGUAGUAACCUGGACCGAGAAGGUGUGCCAGGUGAAGAGGUGCAAUUUCAGAUUGUUGCUCAAGAAAAAAACUUGAACAUUUACCAUGAAGUGGCACAAGUGACCUCCCAGGUGACCAUCCACAUCAAUGAUGUCAACGAUAACAAACCUCAGUUUUAUUUGUGCACGGGUCCUCCCUGCAACUUCAAGGGCCCCACAGAGGUCAAUUUUUCAGGUCAGAUCGAGGAACAUGCUUCCGCCAGAACACCUGUGACCAACCUCAGCAUUGUAGCCUAUGAUCCUGACAAGAUUGUAGCAAAUGAUACUAGUGGAAGGACAGUUGAUUGCUGCUCUUUUGCCACGGUGACCAUCCAUCUUAUUGACAUCAAUGAUCACAGGCCUGAAUUCAGACAGACUGAUUACAAGCUCUUUGUAUUGGAAGACAGCCCGCCUGGUUCCAUUGUAGCUUCUAAUAUUACAGCCAUUGAUCCAGAUAGUGGAAAGUUUGGAGAGAUCACCUACCAGUUACUGCCUAAGAGCAUCCAGACAGAUUUCACUGUGAAUUCAAUGAACGGUACAAUAUUUGUGGCCAAUGGCAGUAAAAUAAAUUGGGGGAAGCGCCCUAUCUAUUAUGCCACUUUGCAAGCAAUGGAUGGUGGUGGGCUGAUCGGUUCUACCCAAUUGGAGAUCACAGUGAUUGACAUCAACAACAAUCCUCCGGUUGUGAUAGGUACCUACAACUUCAUGGUCAUUGAGGGCGACAGCAUGGAGCCUAUCCAGAUCCAGGCCACUGAUCAGGAUAACCCAGAAACCAAUAAUAGCCGUUUGCAUUUUGAAAUUAUGCCUGGCGAAUUCAGCAACAACUUCACUAUUCACCCAGAUACUGGAGAGCUAGUCAGCAAAGGGCCCUUGGACCGAGAAGCUAUUCCUGUAGAACUCAACGGGAAGAUAGUGGUGACAAUACUUAUAGAAGACUUGGGGAUCCCUCGGUUGAACACCACUGUUAAUGUCACCAUCACUGUGGAGGAUAAAAAUGACAACGCACCCAGCUUCAGCAGUUCAAAGUAUGAAUUCUCUGUUUCUGAAGGCAUGCAAGGUGCCUUGGUGGGAGUUGUGGAAGCCAGAGAUGCCGAUCAAACACAAAUUCACAACCGUAUUUCAUUCUACAUUAAUAGCAGUACAGGCUCAAGCAACUUUCUGAUUCGUUCCAGCGCCAAGGGAUCUGGCUGGUAUCAGGGCACAUUGUAUCUAGACCCAGACGUUGCUCUUGACUAUGACCAAAUGCAAGAGAAAUUCUUCAAUCUCAUUCUACGGGCUGAAAAUUCAGACUUAGGGGAAACAAUGAAAGCUGCCAUUGCCAUGGUGAGGGUGUAUGUGCUAGAUGUCAAUGAUGAGUCCCCAACCAUUGUACCAUCUCCACCAGAAAAGAUUCACGUUACAGAGAAUGAAAACCUACAUACGUUAGUAGCUGAGCUGGAGGCUACUGAUAAGGACACCAACCACUCAUUAGUUUUCCAGGAGAUAGCUGUUGCAUGUUUCAACAGUACAGGCAGUGUUGGCACUAUAUGUCAGCACUGGUUCCGCCUAGUAGCCAAUGGAUCACUUUUUGUGAAUAGUUCAGAUAUAGACUAUGAACUGUGCACCCAAGUGGAAAUCACAUUGCGUGUUAAGGAUGAGUUCACUGCAGUAGGAAAUCCCUACAGUAGAAAUGAGACCCUGGUCAUCUUAAUUGGUGAUGCAAAUGACAACGCACCCCAGUUUUAUCCUGUCGAUGACACUUUUGUAAUAAUCCCAGAAAUCUCUCCCAUAGACCUGUCUGUGGCUGUGGUCAAGGCCAAGGAUGCCGAUUCAGAUGAAAAUGGUGUGAUCACAUUUAGCAUCUCCGAGGUAGUUCUUAUCCAGGACAAUGGGCAUGAACAGAAGUUUUCUGAUGUUUUCAAAGUGGCAAAAACAAUGGAGAAGGAUGUCUCUGUGGGAAACAUCCUAAUAGCAAGCAACCUUAAUAGCAUGUUGAAAGGCCGAUAUCAGGUGAAAGUGGAAGCCAAAGACAAUGGAACUCAAGCCCUGAGCAAUUUCACAUCACUGGAUAUCUUCAGCGUGGAUAAGAGUUACCGUAUAAAUCUGAAGUUCAGCAUCGCUUUAAAGGAAGUGCAGGAUAAUUCAAAUGAAAUCAAAAGAAUUCUGAGCAAAGCAACUGGAACAACAAUCUACAUAACAGCAAUCUAUACAGAUGAUCCAUCAACCUCCAGAUCUGAAAGGGCUUUAGAGAACACUGCAAUGGAUGCCUAUUUUGUUUACAAGAAUGGCACAGCUCUCACUGGUGAACAGGUGCUCAUGCUGAUUCGAAGAAACCCGGAACAGUAUGAACAACUUAUCGAUCUUGGCUUGUUGGUCAUUGGUCCCGGGGAUGUGAAAGAACCUGAGAAAGGGAUGGAGUUGUUUGGUAUUAUUAUAGGGUUGGCAGCAGCAGUCUUCAUCCUCCUCCUCCUCCUGACUGGGACAAUAAUUGGCAUGAGGAAAAGUUAUUCGAGGAAGUUGAAGGCACUCAAAGCCUUGAAGGUGGCUUCACAUUUCUCACCCAACGGAGCGCAGCAAGGAUCUGCCAUCCCUGGGACCAAUAAAUAUAAUACAGAAGGGGCUAAUCCUGUGCUUGGUUUCUCCUUGGAUCCUUCUGGCUUUGAGGAAAAUGCCAGUUCUGAAGUAGCCAGCCUGAACUCUCUGGAUGAAAACAUGGUUGAUGAUGUUCCACACAGCUCAUUUCCUGCUAAACUGAAACUGGACAAAGCAGAUGCUCAGCAGGAAAUAAACAACCGGGAAGAGCCCUUGAAAGCUGCUUUAGACAAUCAUAGGAAGUACAAGCCGCUGCAGCCGGGGAACUCCAAGCAGCCAUCUCUAGAUUUUGGAAACUCUUCCUUGAAUACUACAGAACUAUGACUCUGCCCAUUUCCUUCUGGCAAAGCAAUGUCCCAAAUGUAUAGCAGC